UUAAAAUGAUGAAAUCUACCUAAAUGAAAUUUUAAAAUUUUGAAACUUUCACUAGCACUACUUAUUGUAGUAAAACUAUUUUAGAUGAGAUUAGAAUGACAAAUCUAGAUCUCCUUAUAAUUGGAGAUGGUUUUAUACAAUCAAGUUGCAAUUGGUUUUGCCACUCCGUUUGUUUUCCUUCCCUUCAAGUGCCGGCCUACCUCAGAAAUAGUAGUUCCCAAACGUUCCGUGUCUCCGGCAGUGUGGUCGCCGGUAAGACUUUAGGAAUAAAUUCUCCGCCGAUUCUUGCAUAAAGAGAUUGAAGAAUGAGCGGGGUUAUUCCGAUUUUGAAGAAGCCUAAAGUCGAGCAAGCUGAAGAAGGAAGCAGAGGCGGAGGAGGAGGAGAGGUAGGCGACGAAGAAACCACGGUUGAGGAGCAAGAAUCGGCAUUGGUAGCUCUGAUCGAACACCGUACCCACGAAGUUGAACAUCUGCGGAAGCGUAUAUACUACUAUACCUCUCAGCUUGGAGAAGCAGAACAGAAAUUGGAAAAGACAAAAACACAAUUGGCUCGUCUUAGGAGAGAUGCCAGACCCCACAAAAUUUCUCUUGAGAAUGAUGGUAAAAAUGUGAAGCCGGAGAACAGCUCAACUAGCUCCCUUCUUGUUAAUGGGAGUUCUUCAAGGAAUCAAACUCAGUCUAGAACUGAACUUGUUAUUCCUGCUGCGAAUCCAAAGGUUUCACAGCCUUUAAAAUCAGGAGGUUCUGGCAUGAGGGAUUCCAUUCGUUCCAGUGCUCAGACAAGCUCUUCUACCCAGUCUGAUAUUGUUAGGAAAGUUAAUGCAGAGAAGCCGGGCCGAAUUCAUUCUGACUCUGACGUCGUUGAAAAUCAGGAUAAAGGAAGGAAGAGGAAACUCGAACAGAGAGACCACAAGGAAUUAAUUCCAAUGGUAUGCAGAAGCUCUUCACCACAUUCCAUUUAUUGCCAUGCCAACAAUCACAUCUCUAGUCAGCACAAGAGAAAGUUAAGAAGUCUUGCACUGUGUCCAGUGAAUGAUCAACUGUUCGUUACCAGUGCUUUGGAUGGAUUAGUCAAUUUAUGGCAACUGCAGGGUAAUGGGUCAAGUGCCUCUCUUCUAAGCUCAACUGAGUGCAUUUCUCCAAAAACUAGGCGGUGGGCUGAAGAUAUAGCUUGGCACCCAUUGGGUGACAGCUUGGUCGCGACUUACACUGCUGAUAAAGGGGACUCUCAGAUAGCAAUAAUUCAUUUGAAUAAGACACAUGGGAAAAGCCGAGUAACUUUUCUACAGGACAAGCCUCAUAUCAAGGGUAUUGUUAAUGGGAUAACAUUUAUGCCUUGGGGAGAUCCGUGUUUUGUCACCGGUGGUAGUGAUCAUGCUGUUGUAGUCUGGAAUGGGGAUGCUGAAAACUCAUGGAAGCCAAAGAAACUGCAUAGGGAUUUGCAUUCUUCUGCGGUCAUGGGAAUUGCUGGCAUGCAACAAAAGCAGAUUGUGCUCUCUGCUGGUGCCGACAAGAGAAUCAUUGGUUUUGAUAUCCAGGCAGGGAGAGUGGAGUUCAGGAAUCAAGUGGAUAGCAAAUGCAUGAGCGUUUUGCCUAAUCCAUGCGACUUCAAUCUCUACAUGGUUCAAACAGGGACUCCUGAGAAGCAGCUGAGACUGUUUGAUGUCCGAUUAAGACAGACGGAAAUCCACACGUUCGGGUUUAAGCAAGAAAGCAGUGAUUCACAGUCAGCGCUGAUCAAUCAAGGCUGGUCCUCUGACGGUUGGUACUUGUCGUCCGGCUCAGUGGAUCCUGUGAUCCACAUCUUUGAUAUCAGGUACAACGGUCACCGGCCAUCACAAUCCAUAAGAGCUCAUCAGAAACGUGUCUUCAAAGCUGAGUUUCACUACUCUCGGCCUCUCAUGAUCUCCAUAUCUUCUGAUCUCCAAAUUGGUCUACACAAGAUAUAGUCAAGUUUCUGGGUUUGCAAGGGAAAAGCUGUCAAGGAGAUGUGUGGCCGAAGACAGGGAUGGUUGGUGGCUUCCCGCAGAAGAAAUUGUUGGGUCGUAUUUGAGGACCCCGUUACAGCGUGUGUUGAGGCAGGCCGAUAAAGAUCUGGCUAGGAUUUAGGUAAACCUCUCUCGCUCUAUCUGGGAAUUGAACAUGGUGGCUGAUAACUUGUUAUGGUUCGGACCUCCAGAAGAGGUGCGCCACCUAUCUGAAAGGUGAUCAAGUUGGCGUAGCAAGCGAAUCACCACCAUCAUACUGCUUACCUUUCGAUUUAUUCGCUAUUUAUGUACACAUCGAAGCACACGCAAGGCACUAGUAUCUGUCUUUCUUUGGUUUUAUUUUGAUAAGCUUCCCCUUCUGUUUGUUGUAUUUUGGUUUUAUAGAACUUUCUCCUUUUGUUUUAGACGGACUCGACUGAGGUAAAUGGAAAAGGUAUAGACUAUAGAGUACAAAGGAAGAAACAAGAUUGUUGACUAACUCGAAGAAUUGCUCAUACAUCCAUGUAUCAAAAUAGCUCGGCAAAGCCCUAAUUGUCUGGUGAAGGGGUUACUACUUGUAUUCUCACUCCUCUGUGUGGAUAGUGGUAUCAAAUGGUAAUCCACAGCGGCCAGGGUUCAACUCGACAGGAGACGGAAGAAACUUUUCCUGCUUGAUUUUGAUGCUAUGCUUCUCUAUGGUGUUUAUGGCUUAUGAGGCGACCUCGUGUGGAAGAAAUUCAGAGUCUGCUGCUUUUGGUGGGAUUUUUCCUGCACAGGUUAAAUCCCGAACCUCCUUUUCUGGUAAUCAAUGCUACUUUUUUUCUCUGAAGUCUUAUCCUCGAUGGUAUCAGUCAUUCAAAUGCAUUUCUUAUUCUGUCAUGCUCACUUAUUACUUAUUAGACAACUAUGUUGAGCCCUCCUAGUUCGCUGAGUGGAAAUAGCUUGUUGUGUUACAGGACAAGCUUAAUUGGUAUGGAAUGUCCAAUACCGUAUGAACAUCCCUCUAAAGUUUGGCAUCUUUACGUCAUCAGUUCUUGAUUUUGCACAACUACAUUUCCUUGGCUAGGGACGUUUACGUUUUAGCUUAAGGAGUAGGAAUAGGGUUGUCUUUUGAAUUUGGUUUUCAUUUAGUAAUUUGGAUUGUUUCUUUCUUUUAUAAGUAUGAUUGUAAGGUUAUAAAUAUACAAUAUAAGAAUAAUAGGAGAUAUGCAGAUUGGAACCCAAAAGCAUUUAGAUUCAUUUCUUUGUCAAGUUUACGUUUUCUAGUCUUUAAUUAUUCACGUUUCGCUUUAGUCUUCGAGUCGGGAGGAAAAUCUACGUAACAACUGGUAUCAGAGCCAUGUCAUUGAGUUUUGAAUACCUCAAGCUACGUGAGCAGCUGCUUCAAAUCAGCAAGAGCUGCCUGCGAAUGGUAGAGGGCAAGAGCGGGACCAGAUCAUGUCAGUAUCUUUGCUAUCAGUAAUUGUCAGUAACCAAUCAUCUGUCCCCACGUGUCAGCUUUUUCUUUUUAUUUAAAUUAAACACGGAGGGGCACU